AUGCACAUUGUCGCCACAUUUCUCAGAGUAGAGCCCUGCAGACUGACAGCAGCAAACGGGACACUGGAGCUCGCUGUGCGUAAAAAAGCGGUGCAAAGCUUUAAUCUGGACACGGACCAUGCGCUGCAUAAAUUGGGGGACCGAGGGACAUUCUUUGGGUUCUCUCUCGCACUCCAUCAGCAGGUCACCCCGGAUCCACAGAGCUGGAUCCUGGUGGGAGCUCCUCAGGCUGCAGGACAGGGGGCGCUGUUGGGAACCAGACCCGGAGCUCUGUUCAAAUGUCCCGUGAGUCCAGAAGAAUACGACUGCGAGCGCGUCGACAUCGAUGGAGACGUGCAUUUGAACAAAGAAAGCAAAGACAACCAAUGGCUGGGAGUUACUGUCAAAAGUCAAGGCAUCGGAGGAAAAGUCGUGACGUGUGCGCACCUGUACGAGCUGCGGCAGCGCGUGAAGCAGCCGUCGGAGACUCGAGACCCCAUCGGCCGCUGCUACGUCCUGAGCGAGGACCUGACGGAGCGCGAUGACCUGGACGGCGGCGAGUGGAAGUUCUGUGAGGGACGACCGCAGGGACACGAGCAGUUUGGCUUCUGUCAGCAGGGAAUGUCCGUCAGCUUCACCCCGGACAACAACUACAUCCUGUUCGGAGCGCCCGGCACCUACAACUGGAAAGGCGAGAUGCGAGUCCAGCUCUUGAACCAGAGCCUUUUGGACCUGGGUUUCUAUGACGACGGUCCGUACGAGGUCGCUGAUCAGAAACAGCUGAACGCACAGCUGAUCCCAGUGCCCUCCCACAGUUACCUGGGUAUAACCUCAGUCCAUCGCCCCCCUGCUCCCCCCCUGCUUCCAGAGAGGGACCAACAGGCUCAGACGGGACCCCAAGGCCUCUGUGGGAUACAUGGAGGAUAUCUACUGUCAUUGUGCAGCAGUUUCAGAUCAGAGAAAUAUAUAUAA